AUGUUUCAUGGAUUUGAUAUUCCUGUAUGGAUAUUAAUUUUGAUGAAUUCAACCGGUGGUUUAUUAAUUUCUAUUGUUAUCAAAUAUGCUGAUAAUAUAGCAAAAACUUACGCUCAAAGUGCAUCAAUACUUGGUGCAUCAUUUGGCUCCUGGAUUCUAUUCAACUUUACACCACCAUCACUACUGUAUUGUUUAGGUGGCAUAGCAAUUAUCAUAUCAAUUAUCAUAUAUAAUUCAUAUCCUUAUGAAAAUCAGCAAACGAUUAAGCCAAAUAGUUGA